CCCCGAGCCGAGACACCUCCCAUGCCCGGAAGGCAGUCUCCAGGUGAGGCCCCAGCCCAGCCUGGGCUGACACUGGGUGCUGCUGCAGAAAGAGGUGGGGCUACCACAGCCACAGCUCCCUUCACCCUUCCACCCACCUGAGUUCAGCUGCUGCUGCUGCUGCUGCUGCUUCUUCUUUGCCAGUGGCAGAGUUGUCCCUGUGCACUGUAACCUCAGCAUCCUCGGAGCACCCAGCAGUUUCCAGGCACUUGCAGCCCUCUCAUGAAUGUCUUUCUUUUUCCCCAAGUGGCUGACUUCUGUUUUUCAAGGCUACUGUUUUCCAUCUCCUCGCUUAAAUACUGUAUCUUCUUGAAGGAUGGAAUUUGUAUGGAAACGAUGGUGGUCUCUUCAGCUGGGCUGUAUAUUGAUAGUGAAUUUGGUUUAUGCCAAUCUAGAGUAUCAACAAGAAACUCCUCCAAGCCUGCGUGAGAUUGACCAUCAGUGCUGGCAGGUAUCGUCCCAAGGGCUGGUGGAAAUGAAGAAACUCAAGGUAGCAGAUACAGUCAUUGCUCUCUGGGACUUCAUGAUGUUCCUAAAGGAAUCCCCUAAGCCCAAGCACAAUGAACUCUUCAAUGACUUAGCCCAGAACUUCUGGGAUAUGUAUGUAGACUGUGUGCUCUCAAGAUCCCAUGGAAUGGGCAGAAGACAAUUAACAUCUCCCAAAUACUCUUCCACAUACUCACACAGAACUUCAGAAGGGUCUGCUUUCACCAAUCCAUUUUAGGCCAAAAGGGGAGGAAAUGAAGAUACUUAAGGCAACAUCAAAAUGAAGGAGCACAAAAUCACAACAUAUAUUGUAGAUGCUUGGACAAAUCCUGUGGCAUGGUUCAAUCUUUUUUUUAUCUUCUUUUUGUAUAAAGUAAUUAAUCACUCCUAAACUGAUAAGUAUACAAAUCCCCACACUACCACUUUUGCUUUCCUGUCUUGCAGUCUACCAAGCUUGCCUUUUCCUCACUGCACGUGUGAAUGCUUUUGUAUUUUGAGUUGACACCUUUGUUCUCCCAUAUAAACUUUAAAGUCUGGAUGUGUCAUAUUUUUGUAGAAUCUUGUUUUUUCCAAUAAUUCUCUUUUUGAAAGUUAAUUUUGAUGGAAACCCCAAUAUAUUUUUAUACAUUAUGUAACAGAGAAAAUGUAAACAAAUGCAUUUUAUACAUUGUCUUGCACAUGCUCUUUAUUUUAAGAAUUGCAAAAAAAAAAAAGAGGUGGGGCAUUAAGCUAAAGGGAAGGAUUAUGCUCAUUGUAAUGUCCUGUGCAGUCUAAACUUUGUAUUUUAUCAUUGCUUAGUCUAUGGAUUAAUUAAAGUAUUUUUCUAAGCA